AUGGCCGACGGCAGCGCCUCCGCCUCGCUGCCCUCUGUUUCUCCGCACCACCAGUACCACCGCAACGCCAUCAAGUCCUCAGGUGCACCCUCGCGCUUCCCUCCUGUCUCCUCCCGCCGGCGUUGCUUUGUCAUCGCUUCGAACACUAGGCGCUCGCGGGCCGCGGCCGUGGCAGAAGCCCUAACCUAUCUGAAUCACCCUGAGCUCGCGUUGCGGUUCUGUUGCUCUCGGAACGAGGAGCGGAGGGAGCAGGCUCUUGUGAUAGGGAAGGAAAGAAGGGAAGCCUUGAUGCGUGCAAAGCGAGUAUGUCGAGCUGCUCUUUCCGGCAGUGAUGAGGCUGCAGCAGAAGACGGUGACAUGUUGCUAGAGGCAGCUUGGUGCCUUACAAACAUAGCGGCAGGGGAACCUGAGGAAACUAAAUCCUUACUUCCUGCUCUACCAUUGCUCAUUGCUCACCUUGGUGGAGCAGAGCUGAGAAGCACAUUACUUGCUCAAGGUGCUUUGUGGCCUCUUGCCCGUUUAAUGCUGUCAAAUAAGGGUUCUACAGCAAGAACUGCUGCAUGGGCAUUGUCAAAUCUCAUCAAGGGGCCUGAUUCCAAGGCUGCGAAUGAGCUUAUUGGCAUCGAUGGUGUACUGAAUGCAAUAACACGGAACUUGGAAAAAGCGGAUGAAGAACUUGCAACUGAAGUGGCAUGGGUAGUGGUCUAUCUUUCAGCACUUUCAGAAAAAGCUACCAGCCUAAUAGUAAGAAGUUCUGUGCCACAGUUGCUGAUCGGGCGGCUUCUAGCAUCUGAAAACUUGCAGUUGCUCAUUCCGGUACUUCGCGGUUUAGGAAAUCUUGUAGCUGGUGAUGGUUACAUGGUUGAUUCAGUCCUAAUUGUUGGAAACAGUGUCACAGAUCAAGCCUUAUCAAGUCUUAUCAAGUGUUUGAAGAGCGACAAUAGGGUUCUCAAGAAGGAGGCAUCAUGGGCCAUGUCAAAUAUAGCAGCGGGCAGUUUCGAGCAUAAGAAACUGAUAUUUGCUAGUGAGGCGACUCCUUUGCUGAUGCACCUCCUCAGGACUGCACAAUUUGACAUCCGCAGGGAAGCAGCAUACACCCUGGGCAAUCUGUGUGUUGUCCCAGCAGGCAGUGGUAACCCCCCAAACAUAAUCAUUGAACAUUUAGUUGCCAUCGUAGAUGGUGGAGCCCUUCCAGGAUUUAUAAAUUUGGUGAGGUCAGCUGAUAUAGAGAGUGCGAGACUUGGGCUUCAGUUCCUGGAACUGGUGAUGAGAGGAUACCCUAACAGUCAGGGUCCAAAGCUCGUGGAGGCAGAGGACGGCAUCGAGGCUAUGGAGAGGUUCCAGUUCCAUGAGAACGAGGUGAUGAGGAAUAUGGCCAACGGUUUGGUUGACAAAUACUUUGGCGAAGACUAUGGUCUCGAGUGA